AUGAGAAAGGGAGCAAUGAAUGAGGAUAAGAAGAAACGUGCUCGUCGUGAAGAAUUUGUCAAAGAGCAGGUUCGAGCCGCAAAGAAAGCCAGGCGAGAGGCAACAGCUGCUCGAAUGAGAGCAAUAGAAGAAAUGAGCGAAGAUGAUCGGCAAGCCUUUGAAAGCAUAAAGGUGUACAAAUUCUACCCUCAGCCUCCACCAGACUUCUUAGGACUCAUCAAGGUGUCGUACAUUAAUCGAUACUACGGGAAAGCUCAUCUAGUCCUUUGA